UUUGUUAGUAUAUCUCGUACUCUUGACUUGAGAACACGUUUAUGUUCUGUAUUAAAAUGCGUCGUAUUUUAUAUUUAAUCGGCGAAAAAUAAUAAAAGAACUAUGUAUCGUGUCUUCUUUAGUUUCGUGUGUGUUGGAUUUUUGAGUGUGUGUGGGCAGAAUGUAAAAUCACCCUGUCCACAGUAUUUUGAGUAUAGAAGUGAUGGUACAGGAUUGCAUGGGGUGAUUAAUUUGCAAUCACUCGGCUUUGUGCCCUCUUUGUUGGUCAGAGCUAAUUUCACAAUAGCCGCAAGAUUGCCAUCAACAUUUCCUGGUAGCGUACAGCCAAUAGGCUCCGAGAUCACCCUACUUCAAGAUUUCAACCGAGGAGUGCCCUUGCAGUACAGAGUCAAUUUCCCCGUCACUUCUCCCCUGCCAAAGCUGACUGCACUCACAGUUAAUGAGAAUGUAGUGUGUUACGCAACUGGAGAUACUCCAGGGGGUGCAGCUUACGUCACAACGAUAAGUCUACAGCACAUGUUGUUCUUUAAAUCGGGAACUAAUGGACUGUAUGCAAUGAUUAAUCCUCCUACACAAGCACCGCCUCCUGAAAUACAGUACGUGCAAAGUCCACCAUCACAGACAAUAAAUAAUAACGUUAAUAAUCAAUCCCCAUUGCGACCAAACGAGGAGGAAGAUCCAACGCGAACCACAGAAAGAUUCCAUGCGACCACGCGUAAACCAACAAGGCUGACUACUAAAAGAACUUGGCCAAUAAAACAAUCUGAAAAAGGACAAAACUCUCAACAACCUGGUGGCUCAUUAAAUGCCUUAGAAUGCGGGAUUAGCGGAGAUGGCGCUCGUGAUUAUGUUCCAUUGGUUUAUAAUGGAUUAAGUUACGACAGAGGAGAAUGGCCAUGGCUGGUUGCGCUUUAUAAACGAAAGUUUAGCAGUUUGAGUUAUAUCUGUGCAGGAACGUUAAUAUCUGAAAAGCACGUGGUCACAGCCGCCCACUGCAUGCAACGGAAGAGCUCUUACACGUCCAUAAAGAACAUAGUCGUCAAGGCUGGCGUGUACAACUUAGAGGACUGGAGCGAUGACAUCACCGUCACCCGCACGCUGACGGGCGCCUCCAUACACAACGCCUACAACGCCUCCACCCUCGCAAACGAUUUACUGGUGUUGACGCUUGAUAAGGAUAUUCCCCUGAGUAACUUCAUCAAGCCGGCUUGUCUGUGGAGCGGCAGUACAGAUCUCAACCGAAUUGUCGGAAAAUCGGGAGUGGUGGCAGGGUGGGGAGCGAACGAGAUGGGCCCCGGAGGCAAGGGCGAGCCGCGCAUGGUCCAGAUGCCCAUCGUCAGCACCGCCACGUGUAGGGCCAGCAAGCCCGAGUUCCACAAGCUGACCUCCACGAAGACCCUGUGCGCGGGAGAUCACAGCGGGUCCGGGCCGUGUUUAGGUGACUCUGGAGGUGGUCUCUACAUCCUGGACAAUGGCCGAUGGAGACUCCGGGGCGUAGUUUCGCUGUCGCUGUGGACGGAAAAUGGUGAAAGCACCUGUAAUCUCGACGAUUACGUCGUCUUCACAGACACCGCCCAAUAUUUACCAUGGAUUAAUGAAGUCAUGUCUAAUUCCGUCCUUUAAUUAUAGAACAAUAGUUUUAAUAAAAUUUAAAGUACUAUUUA